AAUGAGAGAAUCUCAAGAUUGAAUAUAAAUUUGAGGUAUUGUAUUGAAACUUGGUUAGCAAAAAACAAUUCAACAACGAUUAUUUUAUUGUAUGUGAUAAAACUAUCAUCAUGAUAAGACUGAUUUGUCAGUUAGCACUGAUUAGAAGAAGAUAUAAGGAGGAGCAUACAUGAACAUGAGAAGUGGGAAAUCAGUAUGAUUUUAAUAUCCCCAUAAAAGAUGAGUUUGAAGUCACUUGAGAUCACAAAUUUGGAUUUAAACGAACCCAAAUGGGCUCAUAGAGGGAAGUGAGGUCGAUUUGAAGUCCAUGGCUUUGACUUGUGUUCCUUGGUAGCUGUUUUUAAGAGAGCUUAAUUAGUUUAAGUUUCUCAUUAAAUUAACGUGAUUUUCGCAGACACACUCUCUGUUACAACUGACCAGAAAGGGCGGCUGAAGCUCCGGAGGCAGACCCCUCUUCAGGAAGCAUAUAGUGGCUUUGACCCAAGUGAUUGUACGCUGUGAACUCACUCUUGAGUUCAUGCCAUUCAACUGUUUAACAUCUUAAGCUGUUCCACCACAGCAUUAACAACAAACCUUGAUAUUUUCACUAGUGGGCCUGGUUUGGUAUUCCAAAAAGUUUCUUGUUUUGGUACAAAACUUGCUUCAAGUUUCAGAUUGGUAGAAAAUAUACAUACAUGAUCAGUUCAGUUCAAAGAUACACAUCUAGCUAGAUUUCUUUGGUUCUGGGAGAUACAAGGAAGAAAAGUAUGGAUGAGAAAAGUGAGAGUGAUAAGAUGGAUGAUGUCAUGUUGCCAGGUUUUAGGUUUCAUCCCACAGAUGAAGAGCUUGUUGGGUUCUACCUGAUAAGGAAGAUUCAGCAUCGAGCACUUCCUAUAGAACUAAUUAAGCAAGUGGAUAUCUACAAAUAUGAUCCUUGGGAUCUUCCAAACCUGGCAUCUACUGGGGAAAAAGAGUGGUACUUUUACUGCCCCAGGGAUCGUAAAUACAGGAACAGUGCACGGCCAAACCGUGUCACCGGAGCUGGUUUUUGGAAGGCCACUGGAACCGAUCGGCCAAUUUACUCCUCUGAUGGCACCAAGUGCAUUGGUUUGAAAAAAUCCCUAGUGUUCUACAGGGGCAGAGCUGCUAAAGGAAUCAAAACUGACUGGAUGAUGCAUGAGUUCCGACUACCUUCUAUCUCUGAGCCAGUAUCGCCUAAAAAGAUUUUUGAUAAAAACCUUCCUCCAAAUGAUUCAUGGGCAAUUUGUAGGAUAUUCAAGAAAACUACUUCCAUGGCACAGAGAGCCCUUUCUCAUUCUUGGAUAUCUCCAAUACCAGAAACAACAGCUUCUGAUAUAUUCACCCAGGGUGCACACUCUACUCGUUUUUCAGAGACCAUGUCCUGCACAACUGAAAUUGGAUCAACCAUCCAGUUAUGCAGCAAUAAUGACUUACAUCAGGUCUCUACUGCCAGUUUUUCUGCUCUAGAUAUCCCCUCAUAUAAACCCAUGAAUCCAACACUCGGCAAAUCAUCUCCUUUUUCCGUUCCAAAUGGAGAUCUUCCCUCCGGCUUCAUGUUUUCACCUCUCGAACCCACCACCAAGAAUACAAAUGAUGUUAAUUCAAUGCUUUUUAAUCUGUCCCCUGCUCUAAUCGGGGAUGUUAACAAGACCUCCGAGAGUAUAGACUUUGAAGGGCAACAACUACAGUUCAAUGGUUUCUCUACCAGUUCACCACAAGAUAUGCAAGGAAGCAUAGGCAAUGAAGAGGAUCACAUGGGUUUGAGGAAAAUUCCAAGUGCAGGACAUGGUAAUAAUCAAUGGGGAAGCGUUCGAUCGAUUGGUUUUCCUUUCAGUUUGCCUUCAAAUCUUCCUGAUGCAUGGAAACCCUCCAAUCUGCCCUGGGAUUCACCUCCUUAUCCUAGUGAGAUGUCCACUACUUAUUCCACAAAUAAAUGUUAUAUUGAUUGAAUUAUGUAUGGGGUAAGUAGUUUACGUCUCACCUUGGAUUCAGUAAGGGAUUGCAUCAGAAACAUAUUCUAUUUACAGCUUACUGUACAGUUUUCCUAUAUUUGCAACACGCAUUUUGGAAAUAUGUUUUGUUCAACCUGUCCUAUUCUUUACUUUUUUUUGUGUGCUUCUUAAUUUAUCUUCCU